UCAACAGUCGCUACUCGAGAAGAAGCAAACGCGGCGUCAGCUCGAGUCUUCCACUCCACACCCUUUCCUUUCUCCGUAAGCAAUCCUAUCCGUCCAUCUUACAAUCGAUCUCAUCAAAGCCUCACUCUCUGUUCUUGCAUGCCUCGAAUCUCCCUCCCGCCCUAAUCUUCCGUGCCGCAGAUGACUCCCGCUUCUCCGGCGCUUUCCCCGCCGCCACCAGCCUCCACUGGUGACACCCUCGACCUCAUUCUACACCACCUCCUACCUGUUCUUCUCGUCGCCGCACUCUCUGCCAAGUCUCUCGUCGGCCGGUGGCGCCUUGUCCACUCUAAGCUCUCCAUACUCCUCUCCUCUCUCUCCGCAGCCGCCUCCGCCUCGCCCUACUCUUCAGGAAAUCCUCUUUUCACCGAUCUUCUCCCGAAUCUCCUCACCACUCUCCGAUCACUCGAACCCCUUUCCACACGCUGCCUCGAUCCAACUCUUCCCAGUGGAAAGCUACAUCUCCAGAGUGACCUCGAUAUCGCCACCGCUUCCCUCGGCCUCCAUCUCCACGACCUCGAGCUCCUACUCCGAUCCGGUCUUCUCAACCAAGCUAACCCCCAUUCCACUGCCAUUGUACUUUCCCUUCCGUCCGCUUCCGCUUCCCGUGCCGAUCUUUCCCUCUACGUUCGUGACCUCUUUGCCCGCCUCCAGAUCGGUACGAUAGAUCUCAAGAUCAAAGCACUCGACUCGCUUCAACAGUUCCUCGCAUCCGACCCCCCCAAGAUCGCUCCCGUCGUCGCUCAAGAGGGCGAUCUUGCCUUUCUCAUCCGGCUUCUCGACCCAUCCUCUCACUCUCUGAUCCGUGAUUCCGCUGCCGCCGCUGUCUCCCUUCUCGCAACAGCCUCUGCCUCCUCUCGCCGCAGCCUCUUCGAUGAGGGCGCCCUCGGUCCUCUUCUCCGCCUCCUCGAUACCGGAUCCUUAGCCGUAAAGGAGAAGGCCGUGGUCGCCGUCGAAGCCAUCGCUGCCGAUGCCACCAAUGCCUGGGCUGUUGCCGCCUAUGGCGGCGUCUCCAUUCUUAUCAACGCCUGCCGCCCCGGCAGUGGAUCGCCCGCCAUCCAAUCUCUCGCAGCUGCAUCCUUGAACUACAUUUCUGCCAUCGAUGAGCUCAGAGCCUCCAUGGCAGAAGAAGGCGCCGUCCCUAUUCUGAUCGAUCUCCUCGCAUCAGGCGUGCCUUUAUCAUCGAAGAACGCUGCUCUUUGCCUCUGGUCCCUGGCCUCCUUCGGCGGGGAACCGAUUAGGGUUUCCAUAAUCGAAGAAGGGGGUUUGCGGAAUCUGCUUCAACUGCUUCACGAUUACUCUUUGUCUGCAGAUCCGGAUAUAUCGGAGCACACCCUGCGCGCGAUUCAUGCUCUCUCCUUCUCCGCUGCCGCGGCCAAAACCUUAUCGUCUUCUCCUGGGUUUUUCGUGUUGUUGACGGAUCUAAUAAGGCGCAGCAGUGCCGCCACUCAGCUCGCUGCUGCUGCAGUUCUUUCAAACCUUUCGCCCUCAGAUGAGCUAAAACGUUCUAUGGCCCCGAGCAUGGUUGCCCUGGUUAAGAUGCUCGAAUCGUCAAAGCCCGAGAGCGCGCAGGAGAUGGCUGCCCGCGCGCUAGUCUCACUCCUCUCCGUUCAUUCCAAUCGGAAGGAGCUCGCGCGAGACGAGAAGAGCGUGAUGCGGCUCGUACAGAUGCUGGAUCCCGGGCGGGAAGAGGUAUGCAAGAAAUUCCCUGUCUCCGUUGUUCUUGCCCUCGCCGCCGGUGGUGGUGGGGGCUGCCGCCGGCGACUAGGCGAUGCAGGUGUCUCCUCUCAGCUUCAGAAGCUCGCUGAUGCCGAUGUCCCUGGCGCCCGGAAAGCCCUGCAUCGAAUCGCCGGGGGCCGUUUCAAGAAUCUCUUCUCUUUUGUCCGCCGGGAGUGAUCGUUUUCCGCCCGCAGCCGCUGCCGGUGUUCACUCUCCCUCCACCAGACUUGCAGGUAGAAAUGGUGGGGGCUGUUGUGGCAAAUUAUCGUGACAAAACUAUCUUAUUUUAAGGGGAGAAAAUAUAGAUUGAUAAUAGAUAGAGAAGUUGAGGUUAUUUCUGCAAAUGUUAAUUUUUUUUUUUAUAAUUUUUUGUAAAGGAUUAGUGGAGAAGCAUGGGAUGCAGAGUUUUAGUAAGUAUCCUUUGUGUUAUAUUUUUAAAAUCCUCGAGAGUUUGUUUGUUUAAAUCUGUAAAGUUUAUUUGGUUAGUGGCGAUGUUUAUUUAACGUAAUUGUUUUGUCCGUAAAAGGAUGAACUUUGUAUUUAAGCUUUUGGAAAUUUUAAUUUAUGGUUGUUUGCUUUUA